AUGCAUGCACAGCCCACAUAUAAUGAAAAUACAAACGGCAUUAGCAAUACACACAACACAAAGCCAUUUCAGUCAAAAAUAUUAUCAAGAAAAGGAAGAGGACUAGAAGACGACAAAUGGAUUGGAACGGCAGUAAUGGAGCACGUAGAAGUGCUUAUUUUAGACGAAAAUCAACUUACCCGCCUGCCAGCUGGAGAAUUGGCCAGAUGCUUUCCAAAGCUGAAAGUACUGAGCAUGAAGAACUGCAGCAUAGAAAAGCUUAGUAUUGAGGUUCUUUCACACCCCACUCUUGAAGUGCUUGAUUUGGAGGGAUGCAAAAGCUUAACCCGCUUGUCUGUCUGGGAGGAAGAAAGUAAAAAUGGCCUUUUAUUAGGAGGGGUUCCUUCUCUCCAAAUACUGAAUCUUCUGAACACAAACAUUUCUAUGAUGGAUUCUGAAUGGUUUGACUACACUCCAAACAUAAUGUGGCUUCAUAUGCACUGCGAGAAUAUCUGCGGUGGGUGUGGAUUUGGAUUCUUAGGCGGACUUGACAUUCUCCGCUGUUUAAAACUCACGGGAAUAGUAACUGGUUCUUGCAUGAACUGCAAAACAGAGAACCAUUCUGCUGGAUUCUCCACAGCGAUUAAAUAUUCAAUAUACAAUAUGGUGUGUAAUAUGACCUCGUUAGUUAACUUAGACCUUUCCGGGAAGGAGAUGAAUAUAGACUACUUUAUAUUCCACGCCCCCCUUCCGUACUUAGAGGCAAUUCGCAUGCAAGGAAAGCUGAUGCGGGAUAUGAGCUUGCGGGACUGGCCUGGUAUUAUAAAAACGAUCAAACAUCUGUCCUUGGGGAUUAUUGACCAUGUAGAGGAGCAAAGCCCGCAAAAGGCGCUCAGCGAGUCAACUUUUUAUGCGGAAAAGAUACUUGAAGCCUCAAAUUUAGAGAGUCUCUCAUUUGAUUGCGAAACAGUUAGAAGAAUUAAAUUUUCUUUGGGCACUAGGAAAGUUGUCUUUCCGUAUCUCCGGCACUUGACUAUUAAAAACUGUGAUUUGCGCCCGCUUACAUUUUUUAAUAAAGAGAACGCUCCUGCCUUGGAUAGCUUGGAAAUAAUAAGCCCUUCCUUCACAGAGGGAUAUUUCUACACAAUUAAAAAAAGGCUAGGAAACAGACUAAGAAGUCUUCGGAUUGGAAUUGAGAAAAUGGAUGCGCCCCAGGCUAUUUACGAUUUGUUCACUUUUGUCAGAAGCCACAAGAAUCUUGAGAUUCUUCAUUUAUCAGCUUGCGAUACAAUAACCGAGUCGCAGAGUUUUUACAAAUAUUUUAGUGAUCAACCUUCUUUAAAGGAGCUAUAUAUUAUAGGAAAAAUGAGCGUACAAAGAAUGAAGAGGUUUCUGUAUCAGCUUGGGCGCUGCAGCUCUCUAACAACUCUUCUUCUUGACAUAGAAGAUCCUUGCCUUGUUCUGUCGUACUUCUAUCCUAUAAGAUCCGUGCGCUUCCUCUCUUUAAAAGGAACCUUUAAAAAUCAUUCAAACUUUUUUGUACACCAAAGCACUCCGCAGGCUGACUUUGCAAAGCUUUCUGAGAUGGGGAAUCUUCAAGUCCUUGAUGUUUCAUACUGCGGGCUCACCAAAUUUCCUUCGAGCAUUCUACCUGGCUUUAAGUCAUUGCAAUAUUUGUAUUUAAAUAACAAUCACUUGCAUGAUCUUUCCGAAAGCAUGGUUUCCUAUCUGUCUUCGAUCAAAGAAGAGCCUCUUUUUAUUGAUAUUUCAAGCAAUCCAACAGAUGUUCAGAAAAUUGAACAGACUAUAUGUAACAACACUUGGCUUGGAAUAUCUGGAUAUGUUUUAUACUGAGGUCUUUGCAUACGCAAUAAAUAUUCCAUA